AUGGCAGGUGAAAAGACUGAAAACAACCAAAUGGAGAAAGCUAUGGAUGCUCCAUUAGAAUUCGUUAGAGAAGGUAACCAAUUCUUAAGCAAGUGUAAGAAACCAGAUUUGAAAGAAUACAUGAAGAUCAUUAGAGCUGUUGGUAUUGGUUUUGUUGCUGUUGGUAUCAUUGGUUAUGUUAUCAAGUUGAUUCAUAUUCCAAUUAGAUAUGUCAUUGUAUAA